AUGGCAACUAGGACGAUAGCUCCCCUGGCGCUGCUGAUCUUUCUCAGCACUGUAAUUAUGACAUUUUCCAUCGUAUCUCUAGCCUACGCCUAUCCACCGACUUACGGCGACAAUUCCAGUUCGUGCUCACCAAGAGACGAUUUAGUCCCUGUGAGGAGGGAGGUGUACGAUGACGGAAGGAUCUUUGAUAUAAGUCAUAGGUACAGAGAGGAAAUGCCUGCUUGGGGUUCAUCGGAUGGGUUAAGCCAAUUUCUGUGGCUCCCGAAGAGCAUGAAGAAUGGUUCCCUUGCUAACAUCUCCAAGGUGAAGUUGCCUACCCACAUGGGCACCAACGUCGAUGCACCUGGCCAUGUAUAUGAUCACUACUUUGAUACUGGUUUUUGA